ACACAUGCUGAAACACAAGAGAGAAGAGAUGCCCAAGACUCUGACUGAGAUGUACACACACCUUGUGGUGUUUCAUACCAAAUGGAAGAAUGAAAAGUAUCUUGGGAAAGAGACAGGUCCACACUGGAAUAAAGAGAGCAUUCUGUCACUGGGAAAAUUGGCUUUUCAACAGCUUGUGAAUGGCAAUCUGAUUUUCUAUGAAGAAGACCUGAAAGAGGCUGGCAUUGAUGUCAAUGAAGCCUCAGUGUACUCAGGAUUGUGCACACAGCUCUUUAAAGAGGAAUGUGGGCUGUACCAGGACAAGGUGUACUGCUUCGUGCAUCUGAGCAUUCAGGAGUUUCUGGCUGCUGUAUAUGUGCUCAUCUCAUACAUCAACAACAAUGAGAAUCUAAUGGCCAAACCGCAAUCAAUGUUCAGCUACUUUUUUGCUCUGUUCAGAUACGAGCCUGAAGUUCCUCUCUACAAGAGUGCUGUGGAUAAAGCCUUACAAAGUGAGACUGGAAACCUGGACCUUUUCCUCCGCUUCCUUCUGGGCCUCUCACUGGAGUCCAAUCAGAAGCACUUACGAGGUCUACUGACAACGACAAGAAGCAGCUCACAGAGUCAUGAAGAAACAGUCAAGUACAUCAAGGACAAGAUCAGGGAGAAUCCCUCUCCAGAGAGGUGCAUCAAUCUGUUCCACUGUCUGAAUGAACUGAAUGACCAUUCUCUAGUGGAGGAGAUCCAAAGAUACCUGAUAUCAGGAAGUGUCUCCAGUGAAGAACUCUCACCUGCACAAUGGUCAGCUCUGGUCUUUGUGUUGCUGACAUCAGAAAAGGAGCUGGAAGUGUUUGACCUGAAGAAAUACUCCAGAUCAGAGGAAGGUCUUCUGAGGCUGCUGCCAGUGGUCAAAGCCUCCAGAGCUGCUCUGCUGUCAGGCUGUGGAGUCAAAGAGAAAGGCUGUGCUUCUCUGGUCUCAGCUCUGAAGUCAAACUCCUCACACCUGAGAGAGCUGGAUCUGAGUAACAAUGACCUGAAGGAUUCAGGAGUGAAGCUUCUCUCUGCUGGACUUGGGAAUCCUCGCUGUAAAGUGGAGACUCUGAGGCUGUCACGCUGUCUAGUCACAGAGGAAGGCUGUGCUUCUCUGGUCUCAGCUCUGAAGUCAAACCCCUCACACCUGAGAGAGCUGGAUCUGAGUGACAAUGACCUGAAGUAUUCAGGAGUGAAGCUGCUCUCUGCUGUACUGGGGAAUCCCCGCUGUAAACUGGAGACUCUGAGGUCAGUAUUCCUGUAG